GCGACUCUACGGACAGUUUGUUUCAACUGAGACGCUCGCGUUUGCAGAGAGAGUUUAGCUUUUAACAUAAACGGGCGACUUUACCUCCUUCAGCUACCUUAGCCGUAGAGCGAAGACCUCCGGACACGCAACGGGAGCAGAAGACAAAGCAGCGGGCGGGUCGGCGGCCUAACGGAGACUUUGAACAACUCGCUCAAGUGGGCGGGAAAACUCCUGGAAGCCCGCGCUCCACGAACGCGCGCGCAAACUCACACAGACGCUCGCGUUCCCAGGUUGCUGCCGGCGCCAGCGGCGCGUCCCCCCACUUAGUGGGGGCUGCCCCUCCAGACGGCGCGGCCCAGGGGUGAUGGAGAGCGGCGGGAGCGACGACGACGACACACUGGGGUCCCUGGAGGCCGCGAGUUAGCGAAGAGCCCAGGGCGGGACUGGACCUCCGCUCGACGACAGGCUGUAAGCGGCCAACUUGGGAGAAGCAGCAGCAAAGUUUGGGGAAAUAAACGGGUCACUGACAGCGCAUCUCCUCCUCCUCCUCCUCCUCCUCCUGCCCGCCGCCCUUCACCAUGAGCUGGAGUUUCCUGACGCGGCUACUUGAGGAGAUCCAUAACCACUCGACCUUUGUGGGCAAGCUGUGGUUCACCGUCCUCAUCAUCUUCCGCAUCGUUCUGACGGUCGUCGGCGGCGAGUCCAUUUACUACGACGAGCAGAGCAAGUUUGUGUGCAACACGGCCCAGCCGGGCUGCGAGAACGUCUGCUAUGACGCCUUUGCCCCCCUGUCGCAUGUGCGCUUCUGGGUUUUCCAGAUCAUCCUCAUCUCGGCGCCGUCCGUCAUGUACCUGGGCUACGCCGCCCACAAGAUUGCCCGCAUGGAAGAAGAGGCGGGCGGAAAGGUGGGCACCGGCUUUGGGGCGGGCAGAAAACACAAGGGCAAGUUCUUCAGCCGGAGGAAUCAGCACCGAGGCAUCCAGGAGGCAGAAGAUGAGCAUGAGGAAGACCCCAUGAUCUACCAGGAGGCGGAGGUGGAGAGCCGCAGUGACACAAACGCCGUGACGGCCGAGAGUCCGGCGCCGGGAAGGCCGCACGACAAGGUCCGGCACGACGGCCGGCGGCGCAUCAAGAAGGACGGCCUGAUGAAGAUCUACGUGGCCCAGCUGCUGAGCCGUGCCACCUUCGAGCUGGGCUUCCUGGUGGGCCAGUAUGCCCUGUACGGCUUUAGGGUGCCGCCCUCGUACAUGUGUGAGCGUGUGCCCUGCCCUCACACAGUGGACUGCUUCGUGUCCAGGCCCACCGAGAAGACCAUCUUCCUUCUGAUCAUGUACGCCGUCAGCACCCUCUGCCUCGUGCUGAACGUCUGUGAGAUGCUUCAUCUGGGCUUCGGGACCAUUGGGGACGUGCUGCGGAGCAGGCAGUGCCCCACCGAAGAGCAGUACCUGCACCCUCCUGCGGGGGACACUGCCACCUACACCUACCCCUUCACAUGGAAUGCCCCUUCGGCGCCGCCAGGCUACAACAUCGUGGUCAAGCCCGAGCAAAUCCCGUAUACCGACCUGAGCAACGCCAAGAUGGCCUGCAAGCAGAACAAGGCCAACAUCGCCCAGGAAGAGCAGCAGCAGCAGCAGUACAGCAGCAACGAGGACAACUUACCGAUGGCGGACAUGCGCGACGCCCUGCAGAAGGACAUCCGUGUGGCUCAGGAGCGGCUGGAGGCUGCCAUCCAGGCCUAUGGUCACGAGAACCUGCAGCCACGCGGCCAAAGAGAUGGCAAGAAGGAGCGGGGUGGCACACGCCCGGUGCCAGGUCACACGGGUGGGGGCAGCAGCAGCAGUAGCAGCCGGUCAGUGUCGGGCAAGCCCUCGGUCUGGAUUUAGGACGUGAGCCAAGCCGGCCCAUUCGUGCUGGGGAGGAGGCUGCAGGCCAGCGGCCGAUCACGAGGUGGCCUGGCACAAGGGACUUGGAAGGAGACCUCGAUAUUUAAACUUUUGAAAUUUUUUUUUAGAUUUUUUUUUGUCAUUUUCAGGAUGCAGGAGUGCCAGCCUCGCCAAGAGCCGCUUCUAGCUGCAGUUCUACAGUGCCUUAGGCGGACCUCAUGUGGCCGUCCCCUUAAAUCUCGUAGCGUGGACUGUCCCCCCAAGCUGGGGUCAAGCAUUACCUCAGGGUGCCCUUACAUUUCACAAUCAGCAGUGCAGAUGCCCCCCAGCAGAGGGUGCUAAACAGCCGAACUGAGCAGAGGCAUAGCAGUGGGGACAAGGCCACCUCAGGGAGUCACUCGGCCAGUCACCCCCAAACCUGCACCUUCACUACACCAUCUUCAGGUCCAUCUCGGACAGCAUUCUCAGAGGGGUGUCAGCCCCGACGGGCACCUGUACCUCCUGUCUGUGGUAGUGCUGUGCUCAGG